AUGGCACAGAUUACGCAGAACGUCAAUGAGAAGACUAACAGGUUCCAGGAAAGCCUUCCGCGGGUCUCAUAUCUACAACAUGAUGCAUUUUGUAGUAUCCACGUCAGUGAUGUGAUGCCGCAUGGGAUUGGGAAGACCCGUCCGUUCAAAGCACUGGCGUGGAUCCCAAGUGGAGGUCGAGUGGGGCAGAGAGGUUCCAGGGGUCAUCCUGGCCUCACACGAGGAGGAGGAAGUAUAGGAGCCUCUCAACGGAAUGCAGUUGCCUUUGGAGCCAAGGAAAUCAUUACUGCACUUCAUCCAAAGUACCGGCACAAGAAAUUGCCAAAGGUUGAUGAUGAUCUGAAGAAUAUCAACAGCCUGAAUGGGAACUGUUCCAUCAUUGGCCGUGAGGGCCCCAAAGCCCCUGCUCCUGGGUCUGGUCUCCAAGAACGCCAUGUGCGUACAAGUCAUUUGCAGGACAGACAGCAGUACCCUUGUCGGGAAUGUGGUGUUGUUUUCCGCAAGCAAAACAAUCUGCUAAAACAUGCUCAGUCAAGUGGACACAACAAGGUCAUAUUAGAAUUUUCCAAGAACAGUUGUAUCCCUGCAAAAGAAGAGAAGAACUCAGUUGAGGAGGGAGGACAACGGAAGAUCUACAAGCCCAAGUUUCAUAUUCAGAAUUUGUACAAGCCUGAGGAAUCAGGGAAUGUGAACUUGGAGAAGUGUGGGAAAAUAUCUGGUGCAGGAGGGGUAUCACCAUCAUCAACCACAAGUGGCAGCAUUGUAUCAUCACUGUCAACCUCAUCCACACAGGAUGUUUUGACAUGGUCUGUGCCAAGCAGUAAUUCUGCUCUCAACAUGGUGGUUCCUGCUGCAAUAUCAAAUGCUGCAGAGAAAUCUGUUAUUCCUGAGGUUCAGGUUCAUCCUAGUGCAACCUAUCCCAGUACUUUGAAGUUAGUGCCUGGGAUUCAAAUCACCAAACCAAGCCCAUCACCAAAGUCUGUGGCAGUUACAGCAUCUUCAUCGCAGUCAGCUUCUUGGAGUGCUGGGAAGGCUGGUCUUCGUAUUGAAAUCCCUCAUACCUCAGCAUUAUCCUGCAACAGCAACAGCACUGGGACUUCAACACCCCACACACCACUGUCUGCAAAGAGCUUAAGAUCUCCAGAAGCUAUCACUCAACAUAUUAGCAAGAUUAUCAGUGAGAAUGAAGCUAUUGUAGAAACGCUGAAUCCUGUGUGGUCCAAGCGGUAUUUGCGACAGGCCAGUGGUGGAAGCACCAGUAGUACAGACUCAGACAGGGGCUUUUAUCCCAUUCGUCCUAAGCUAGACCCAGACUCUGCAGUUAGUAAAUCAGGGCUUGCAUCAAUUAGAGAGAAAUAUCAGACUCCCUGUCUUGACUUGAGGAAAGUUUCUCUUCAGGCUCCAUAUAUAUGGGGUGAUACCAAGCUUAUUAUCUCCGCAGAAUCCCCCAGAAUUGUUGAUCAUGGCUUCCCUAGUUUCACAAUGGCUAAAAUUCUUGGUCAUGAGGCAUCUGCACAGGAGCGUGGUUUUUUGUCGAAUGCUCGAUCAUGCAAGAAUUUGACAGAGGAGCCUCAGUCUGUGCGAGACCUGUUGAAGUUGAAGCAAGUGAAGAAUCGAGAAACAAGUGAGCCAAGAGAAAAUGCAAUGCGAGCUUAUCCAUGCUCACUGCCACCAUCAAAAGGCUUUGUACUUAAUUCCAUUCCAAGGCCAAUCAUGUCAUUCCACCCAGAAAAUCCUGAGGGCUCUAUGAUAAAAGAAAUUUUACUGAAGCAGCGUGGCAUGAAUGCUGAUACCAGUGUUCCAGCUAUGGACAACUUCAACACCAGAGUAGCACCAAAGUUGAUGAAUCCAGUUUCAGUUCCCAUGGGGUUAUCUGAGCUUGGUGGGUAUCAGGGUCCUGGAAUAUUGAGAGAACACCUUCUGAAGCUCCAAGAAUUAACACCUCCUUCUGAGUUUCACACCCUGGAAGCCUCCGAUUUGAAAGAAACUAGAGGACAUUCAUUCAGCUGGAAUAUCAGUCCUGUGCAUGUGGUUAGUCAGCCAGGCACAAUCCCUCAGUCAAAUUUAAUUGAUCUCUCUCUGAAAAGCAAGCUCCAUCAGUCUGAGGCAACGAAUCCCUCCCCACCACCAAAAAAGCGUAGACUGAACUCUGAGCCUGUUUCUGACUCUUCUGUGCCUGUCCUUGCAAAACCUCUGAUGCCUGUGCAGCCAACACCUACCAGACCCAGUGCUCUAUCAAUGUAUGGUGGGGAAGUACAGAUUAUGGAUGAGUCAGAAGCCAAGACUCUGAAGAUUGUCUCUCAUAUGCCUUUAUCCCAUGGGUCAUACACUACAUCAAGUGCAGCAGUGGCUAUUCUCCCCUCUUGUGCAACCAGUGUGUCUGUUCUUAUGACAGUUGCUCAAUCAGGGCUUCAUUCGGGUGGUACCAUGAUGCAAGUUGGUGAAAAUACAGGAGCUGGUUCUCCACUCAAAGUUCCUCAUUCACAGCUACUUGGCUCUCAGAAUGCAACUCGGACAACUCCAGUUUACUCUCAACCAAUCUCUGUUCCGGGGAUUCAGACAUUUUCUCCAUCAAGUAGAUUGCAAAGGACAUCGCCAUCUGAGCAGUGUACUCCUUUGAACUUGGUGAAGUCUCAGACUGUUAGAAAUUUGCCCCCUCAUGUUCCUGGGAUUCCGGGUCCAUUUUCCAACUUUGAUCAGCAACCAGUGGACUUUUCAAAGCCUGUGACAUUAACAAAUCAGCCAUUAGAUGGGAUUUUAACACAUUCAAGGUGCUCAGAACCUCCUGAAAUUUCAAAGCAUAUCUCCAUCUCCAAAGUAAAAUCUUCACCUGAGCCUGAAGUGUCAUGUGCCACUCAUCAACUCGCCCGGCCCAAUUCCCUUCCAACAAAACCAAGACAAUCUUUGAAGCCCAAGCCUCUGAUAUCCAGCCCCAUCUCUUUGAAGUCCCCAGAAACCCCUCGCCCCAAGCGUUCUUAUGGCCAGCUGUAUCUCAAUGGUCAUGCAUAUACUUAUCUGGGUUUGAAGUGUUCCACAAGAUUGCAUCAUUGCACAUUCAAACUUCAGCCAAUCUAUGCUCUGUUAGAAAACAUGGAAACUGGCUUGUCCAUGUAUAGUGUAUGGAAACAGCCUGAGCCAAAUGGCAAUGAACUACCACCAGGGGAAGCUAUGGCUUCAUAUGACUCUAGACACCGUCCGUGUUCCUAUACAGUUGCUUGUUCCAAGGAGUUGGGGGCACUCAUUGUCACUGACUCCAAAGACUGGAAGAAAGGGCCUAUAAAGAAGAAAGAAACGGAGCUUGGGAAGCCCUCCUCUUCACUGUCAACAGCUUCACCUUCAUCAUCAUCUUCAGAUGCUACUAUUGGGGAGACAAAUUUAGAUACUUCAGGGAAAGAGUGCCUGUCUCUGAGUGGUUCCAGAGGAGAGGACCCCUUGCGCAAGAAGUCACGGGGAUUAGGUGGUGGUUUCAAGUCAAUGGAUAACUACACUUAUGUGAGAGGCAGGGGAAGAGGCAACUACAUUUGUGAAGAGUGUGGCAUAAGAUGCAAGAAACCAUCAAUGCUGAAGAAACAUAUUCGCACUCACACAGAUCUUAGGCCUUUUGUGUGCCCUCAUUGCAAUUUCAGCUUCAAGACAAAAGGGAACUUGACCAAACACAUGAAGUCAAAAGCUCAUCAUAAGAAGUGCCUGGAGCUUGGGAUUUCACCAGUGCCAACAACCAUUGAGGACAGUCAGAUAGAUAUCAGUGCACUUGCAACUCAGGAACGACUGAGCAAGCUGGAAUUGGGCUUGGAAGAUUGUGAUGAGAGUGACAUAGAUGAUGAAGAAGAUGAUGAUGAAGAAAUGGAGGAAGAAGAAGAGGAGGAGGAGGAGGAUGAAGAGGAUGAAGAGGAAGAACUUGAAGAGGAGGAGGAAGAAGAAUUCCAAGGAAGACCAGAACAAUUUGAAGAUGCUAUAGAACAGUAUUCAAUAAGAAUGAAGCAUGAACCAGGAGAGGAUUUGGCUUCUGGAACAGCCACAACAUCACAGGAGCAUGAAGCAGCUGAAAGCCUGCUGUCCUUGUGCAAUGCACCUUCAAGCAUCCGGACAUACAUAGCAACAUUGAGUGCACAAAAUGAAAGAGAAAAACUGUCUCAGAAUGCUGCUGCUGCACAUUUACCCAGUUCAAAAAGCAAGUAUGUGCACUUAUCCGGUGGGCCACAGACUGGAGCCACACGAUAUUAUUUCCCAUCUUCAAAGGAAGGAGAAGAGCUACCUGCAGCAUCCUCCUCAUCCUCUUCCCCACCUGUCUCAAAGCCAGAUUCAUGUGGAAGCCAGAAGGUCCUCCGCCCAACAACUCUGAAUCUUAGUUCAGAUGUGCCACUGAGGCAGCCAGUGAAUAUCCUCCAGUCACCAUGUACUCCCAUCAAGGGGCUUGACUUGUUGACUUCUGCUGUCUCUGAUGCUCCCACUAUGCUCUCUUCCAUUUAUAAUACAGUUCAUGAUGGAAAGCAGACAGGGCGAGUGUCACCUGACCCAAUGGAAAUAUCAGUUUCAGGCGACAUGCUCAACCAGUACCUGAAAGAGAAGGCUCAACAGGAAAAUGCUCGAAAAAGGGCUCACCAGACUCAAGACACAAAUGCUCCAACAACACUGAACCUCGUCUCUCCUCUUGCUCCACCAACCUGCUCAUCUGUCACAGUGAUGACUCCUCACUCCCCUCAGACAUUAGAGAUGGAUGAUUCAUCCUCUGCUGAGCCUCUCAAACUCCCUCUGAAAGAAGAGGCUGUGACUCCAAGUGAAGCAUCCACAUCUGAUGAUUCUGCUUGUCUUCCAAUUGCUGUUCGGGAUGAUAUCAUCAAACCCUCGGGCAGUGGCAACAAGGGACCAACCUAUGGAAGAAUCUCACGGGAUGAAGACCGCUGUGUAUGCAGUGUAUGCAGCAAAGUGUUUUCCAAGCCCAGUCAGCUUCGCAUCCAUGUCAACAUCCACUAUUUUGAACGACCUUUCCGUUGUGAUGCCUGCUCAAUUUCCUUCCGCACAAAAGGCCACUUGCAGAAACACAAACGAAGUGUCUCUCACUUCAAUAAAGUUAACAUGAAUAUGGCUUUUGGAACACCAACCACUGACAAUCCUCGUCCAUUCAAGUGCAUAGACUGCAAAGUGGCAUUCCGCAUUCAUGGCCAUUUGGCAAAGCACCUCAGAUCCAAGAUGCACAUUAUGAAGCUUGAGUGCCUGGGAAAGCUCCCAUUUGGCACAUAUGCUGAAAUGGAGCGAUCAGGCUUCAACCUGAAUGAAAUUGACACCACUGAUUGUGAGAACUCUCUUGAGAGUCUUCAGAGCCUGGCCCAGCGGUUACACGGGAAGGAUGUGGAAGUGAUGAAGCGUCAAAGAAGUAUCAGUGAGGGAGCUGUGGACCCAAAAGUGGAGCCUCUCAAUGGAGAUGUGGUUCUGCCCAAGUAUGAAGACAUCUCUGACCCAGAGGAAGACAAGCAUUCCUCCUCCAAGGGGUGAUUCCUUUGGAGUCAUCACUGUCAAGGCCAUUUAGGCAUGCAAGAAUCAGUCACCACAUGCAGUAUGAAUCUCCAGACUAGAACAUGCCCCUGGGCAGUGAAUGUUGGAGAGUCUAACACUGGAUGCACAUUCUUGGAAGGAAUAUUGAACUCAGGAGUGUCCUCCUACAGUCUGCAGUGUCUCCAGAUGAGGCUGAACAUUGUCAUUGCUCCUCUGUCAGGCUUCCCCUUAGAAUGUGGGGAUAAUUCUUUGUUUGCCUGUGAUAUUGCCCCCACCACUGAGUUUUUACCUGUUACUCUUUUGCCUGUUGAGGUCUGGAGCAUCUUCUGGAAGUUCAAGCAAUUAUGUUUAUUUCCCCCACCCUCUCUUUUUUAAGGAUCACUGGAUGGUACACCAAGAAACAAUAAAUAUGCAUUGUCAGGGUUGUAAGUCUCAAACCACUCAAGCAGAAAUGGUUUCAUAAUUAUGUCCAGGAAUCUAGCCAAAAAGAAAUUCAAAAUCAUUUGCACAUUGGCUGUACUUUCCCUAGUAAUGUAGAAAUAUGAAAAAUCUUAAGUUCUGGUCUUGAGUCUUAUAUUGGGGGUUAUGAGAUCAGCAAGAUCAGCAAAGAUCAGCUUGGCAACGUGUGUGAAAGAAUAUCUCUAACAGUCGACACUGGGAAGGAGGUUGAAGUCACAUGUUCUGAGCUUGUGUCUGUCUGAAUCCUGAUUUGGAAGCAGACAGGCAUGGCUUCAUUUUUCUGAAGUUUGUUUUAAAAUCAUUUUUCCCAAAAGGCUUGGGCUAAUAAUUUACUGAAAGUUACUGUCCCAGGUUUUUUUUUUUAAAGCAUGGCUUAAAUGUCUUUUUUUUUAUGGGGUUCUUUCCACACAAGAAUUUUUCAUUUUUUUCAGGAGACAUUUUAGGUUAGGUUGGAAUAAAUGUGUCCUUUUUUUGGUUGCCUGAAGAGGAGAUAACUGUUCUGCUGUAGGCCGAGCUGCACAGGAAAUCCUGGUAUCUUGGUUCCAGUGUGGCAUCAUUACGCUUGCUGAGGCUAUGAUGAUAUUCUCUUUUUGUGUCGAUUGCUCAAAGGGAAGAACUUUGAACUUGUCUUUUGUUAUUUCGUAAGCAGCUUUGACAACAGAUUUCUAAAGGAGAAAUCUUUCUGGACUGUGAUUUCAAUCCAUGUGUUUUUUUUUUCUCCCCCCUCAUCAUCUGCCAAGUGAAAUAAAGCGCCUCUGUGGGCAUGUGCCAUUGCUA